CUUCUCAGCUCAUUCCAUUUAUUCACACUUUAUUUUCUUGAUUCAACUAUGCCUUCUGCCGAUACAGAGUUCAUACGAGUUAUUCGCAUCAAGAGUGCUAAUGGUUCAGAGAAGAUGCUUGAAAUUCCAGCAAAACUUGAUUUGGAGAGACCGAAGAGACCGCGUACUGUAUUCACCGAUGAGCAAUUAGAGAAGCUAGAAGAAUCAUUCAACACUUCAGGCUAUCUCAGUGGGUCGACUCGAGCAAAACUAGCGGAAUCCCUUGGUCUUAGUGACAAUCAGGUCAAAGUUUGGUUUCAAAAUCGAAGAACCAAGCAGAAGAAAAUCGAUUCUAGAGAUCCUAUAAAGCCGGAAACAUUGAAACCUGCUGAAAACUAUCAAAACGUCUAUCAGAACUAUCAAAACUAUUGGACAGCCGCUGCAUUUCUAUCAAACAAUGUCAUUUCGUCAUAAUCAUUUCGAAUUUCAAAGCUACGAUAAAAGGACAAAGGAAACUCACCUUUUACUGAUAAUCUUUCCUUUUUUGUCGCCUCGAUUCGGGCUCGUUUGCUUUUCUUCUUGAUGUCUGAAAAUAAUAAAUUAUAAAAGUGUUUAACAUGG